AUGGCCAACACGACCGCUGCCGACGGCGAGCCGGACUCGGGAGGCGCCGCGACGACGGCGAGGGGCGCCGCCAUGCCCGACGACGCCGAACCGACUGACUCGGACAGGGUGACGGGGUCGAAUACCGGAUACGAGGGAGAAGGUGCAGUGAAGUGUACCCGAUGCGACUUCGAGGCUGCCAGCCAGACACUGUUGACCGUACACAUAAACCAAGUACACACGACGACCAACGAGGCUCAGGAAAUGGAGGUUGAGAACAAUAAUACGCAACCAGAUCGGGUGCUGCGCAAAAUGUUCGAGUGCGACGUGUGCCAAAUGAAGUUUUCGAACGGCGCCAAUAUGCGCCGCCACAAGAUGCGCCACACCGGCGUCAAACCGUACGAGUGCCGGGUCUGCCAGAAGCGCUUCUUCCGCAAAGACCACCUUGCCGAGCACUUCACCACGCACACCAAGACGCUGCCCUACCACUGCCCGAUCUGCAACAGGGGCUUCCAGAGGCAGAUCGCGAUGCGCGCGCAUUUCCAGAACGAGCACGUCGGGCAGCACGAUUUGGUGAAGAGCUGCCCGCUGUGCAGCUAUCGGGCGGGGUCGAUGAAGAGUCUGAGGAUACACUUCUUCAACAGGCACGGCAUCGACCUGGACAACCCUGGCCCGCCAGGCACACAGGCCUCGCUGAUCGCGGCGGCCGCCCAGCAGGGCUUCUCCGUCGAGGGCACGCUCACGUCGCUCAGCCAGCUGACGAGCGGGCUGUCGGUGAGCGUGACGUCAGCGGGAGGUGGCGGCAGCGGCGGAGGGGUGUUCAGCGACUCGGGCGAGUCGACGGGGGCGCGGUCGACGGACAACGCUACGCCGCCCAUGCACUUUCUGACGCCGCACGUGGAGAUCAGCAUGACCGACGCGCCGGUAUCUGUGUUUCCGGGGUCGCCGGGUGAGCAAAAGAACUUCCUGCCGUGCCAGAGCGGCGAUUCAUCGUCGCGCAUGAACGGUGAUUCACCAAACUCGCCGCAAUCGGCCGACUCCAACUCGAACGCCCCCUCCAGCAGUCACAUACAACAAGGAUCGCUCAGGAUCGACCAGGAGACGAAUAUCACGCCGUCCAUAUCGCUCAUACCGAUCAAGCAGGAACCAGGUGAGGAGUACGAAACCAAACAACGGAAUGGUCCGUCGCCUCAGAUGCAAUCGGCGACUUCUAGCAGUUUGAGCUCGCUGAUCAAGGUGUCGCCGUUGAAGAGCCUGCUCAGGGAUGAUUUGAAGAGGAAAAUCAUAUCAAGGGCCAGGUCGACAGCAUCCCCUAGCACCAACCCUGAAACCUCCCCCAACGACUCCUCCAACACGAACGGCGUCAUAACCUCCACCGGCAGCGAGAACCCCUCGGACUCCGCCCUCUGGCGGUCGAUCACCAAACGCUCCUUGAGCGGCCUGCAGUGCAUCUUCUGCGGCAUAGGAUUCCCCGACCAGACGCUCUAUUUCCUGCACAAGGGCUGCCAUUCGGACGCGAACCCUUGGAAGUGCAACAUUUGCGGCGAGCAGUGUUGCAACGUGUACGAGUUCAAUUCGCACCUGCUGAGCAAGAGUCAUCAGUAAGGGAAGAGAGUGAGAGAGAUGGUUAUUACGUCGUACUUUUUUUUAAUUAAUUUUGUUUGUUUAUAGAAGGUGA